ACCGGUCGGCACUUUCUCUCUCCCGCUCACAACCAAACGGUUUCAUCAACUCGCCAACCACGUACGAAUCAUUAUGGCAUCAGAGCAGAAAAAAUACGAGGCAUUCUUCAAGAACGCCGAUAAAGACGGCAGCGGCAGUCUGACCUUUGACGAGCUCGCACAGACGCUGAGGAACAGUGGCUACAAGGGAUCGGACGAGACUCUGAAGAACUACUUCAGUAAUGCCGACAUUUCUGGGGACGGUAUAGUUACUUUUGACGAAUACAUGGUUGCCAUGGGGCAGGUGCCUCCGGAGCAGCAUAAGGCCGCAACGCUUCGUAAGCUGUUCAAUGACUUUGACAUCGAUAAAAGCGGCUUCAUCGACAGUAAAGAGCUGCAGGCAAUCUUCAAAGAGAUGGGUUCCGUGUAUUCCGAAGAUGUUUGUCAACGUCUCAUCGAUGCGGCCGACAAAGAUGGCAGCGCGACCCUGGACUACGAAGAGUUCAUCAAGAAAGUAUUCGGUUAUUAAAAAUAAUGCGGAAAAGACAAAACAAAAAACAAAAAACUGACGUUCGACGUUCGUGUAUUUCCGCCACGAAAUCCGGACGAAGCCGAGUUGGUCUUCGCUCUUGUGGGCCAGUCUUUAGCCUUUUGUAAAGAGGUGCACGGAAAGAUUGUGUGAACUGGGUGCGAUUCGGUUUCCUUUGAAACUUUUGGAACUCCGCAGUUGAAUGGGAUUCCCCUGGCUGGUACACAGAACAGUGCAAAACUCAUUUUUAGCAAUUUUUGUCGACUUGGCGAUAUUAGUUACAUCAUGUUAGUUUUCAUGCCUCUUCUAAUUUUUGCUUAUAUUGAGCAGAGCAGCAUUUGGAG